GCAUUUGUGCUCCGGAAACCAAACCGAUAAGAAGGUUUCUUAGACCCAAAGGGGAAUUAAAGUGGUAAAACAUAAGUAAGUGCUCCGGUGUCCAAUGGAAGGUAGUGCAAACAGUGAUAUCGACAUGUCCAAGCUUGGUGCUUUGGCUAAAGGACUGUUGACUACGUUCGAAAGUGCCAAUGCCAGCCUUAUGGCAUCAGCGCUGGUAACAACGGCGGUGCAGUUUGCAGCGGGCAAAGAAGUGUCCGAUACACUGCUGCGCCACAGUGAGUGCGAAGUGCAACCGGAAGCUUGCUUUAGCCGCAGUCCGAUGCAGGAUCUGUCCGACGAGGAUAUGUCGGAUUUUUCCUCCAACGAAAGUGAUGGCAUGGAGGAGCUGGAUUUGAAAAAUGCUGGCCAUGUCCGCAGUGCGGAUGAAGAUGGGUGCGGCCAAGCUGUGGAUACCAGUGGAUCACUUGUGUCGGUAAUGCCGGUACUGAAUCUAUCCGGUACCAAGCUUGGCAUCGGUGGCAGUGGUUCCGGUGCGGUCGUGCGCAAGAUGUUCACCAACACGAGAGAGCGUUGGCGCCAGCAGAAUGUGUCGGGUGCGUUUGCCGAGCUGCGAAAGCUCGUACCGACACAUCCGCCGGAUAAGAAGCUGUCUAAGAACGAAAUUCUUCGCAUGGCCAUACGCUACAUACGGCUGCUAACGAAUGUGCUCGAGUGGCAGAAGAAGCAGGAGGCUAACGAUCGUACGCCGCUAAAGCAACGCAGCACGCAACAGCAGCUUCAGCAGCUUAUGCAAGGCUCCACAAACCACAUUGGACAGCACUCGAACAACGAGAACCAUUUCACGGGCAACUACCGCGAGAAUGGUAACAAUCUGCUGAUGAUCGUUAGCCCGAAAUCGUUCGCCAAAUCAGCCAGCACGACCGGUCGCACCGGAAGGCUGGAAUCGAAGGUAGAACAGUGUGUGGAGAUCGAAAAAAUCAAGCUGGUGAGCAAGUUGUGCCCGGCGGGGAAGCUAGCCAAACCGGGCACUACGAGUCUGGCUUCUACCAAAAAUCGACGCAAAACGAUCAACAGUGGAGGAUUGCCAUUCCGGUCCGGGUUGCACAUCAAGACGGAUCUGAUGGCACUGUCGCAACCGUGCGGUAUGCUACCUACGAUUAUGGAGAACGAAAUUAAGCGUGAGCUGACACACCAUGGGCAAAUGGUUACGAUUGAUGGAGACGGUCCCAGUCGGGUGGAUGGAAUGGCCCCGUCAAAGAGGGCCAAUGAAAAGGGGUUGGAAAAGCCAAAAUAAAUGGGUAACAUAGCAAUGGUAUGGAAAUGAUGGUGGGACACGAAGGUGUUUGUGCUUAUAAAAUGCUACAUAUCUACAGGAUUACCACUAAUCAACGCUAAAUAUAUUGUUUUGAAUUUAAUUAUGCUUUUUCGAUGUUUUCUAAUCAAAAACUGUUUAAUACCAGCCACAUUAUGACUACUAUACUGGAACUUACAGAACUGUUCAUUACAAUUAAAGCCUUAUCUCAUGGUUGUCUUGUGGGAUAUUUCUUUAUCAGGAUGACGAUAUCUGAUUUUUUUUUGCUCGUCUGAUAUUGAAAACUUGGAAUCUUAAACUUCUUCUUUUUUGGCACUACAACCGUGAGAGGUCUGCUAUUUUUGGCUUCCUUGACUUGAUUUUACCCGUAGCUGGAUAGGCAGUCCUACGUACGGGGAGGCGAUCUGGAUGGAAUUUGAAACGUUAUUCGCCUCGGCCACCACAAUUGAACACAUUUUUAGAACUUAUUUAAAAACCUUAAAGAACUUUCACAUACGCCUCUGAGACAUGGACUCUAUCCAAAAACUGACGAAGCCCUCUUAGACGCGUUCGAGAGAAAGAUGCUCAGAAGGAUUUUUGGUCCCGUAUUUGUGGAAGAACAAUGGAGGAGCCGCUACAAUGACGAGUUCUACGAGCUGUACGAUGAUCUCACCAUCGUGGAGUGAAUAAGAAUCGCCAGGCUUCGGUGGGCUGGCCACGUCAUGAGAAUGACACCGGACGACCCAGCCCGUAAAGUCCUUUUAGGCCGUCCACGGAUAACGGAUUGGCAGACGACGGCGCUAAACCGUGAGCGGUAUCGAGGAUUGUUGCUGCAGGCCAAGACCGCAAAGUGGCUGUAACGCCUGAUAAGUAAGUAAGUAAGUAAGUAAAGAACUUUGUAGUGGUUGACCCAUAUAUUAAAUCAGGACGCAUUACGGCAUGGGAAUCCUUGUUGAAUAAACACCUGAGGUUGAGAAGAUAUUUUAAGACCCUUGAAAAGAGUUCAAAAUUCCUUCGGUAGGUUUCAAUGCUUCAUCCGUCGGGGAAGUGAUAGAGAAAGGAAUUUAUUCCUGAUGCUUUGCAUUAAAGAAAAGCCUAACUUUGGAUGAUGCUGAAGAUAAAACUACUUCAGAUAACUCAUUGGAUCGAACUUUACUAGAAUCCUACGUUCUAGCAGCAUUCAAACAUAAUUGUCUUUAAUUUUUGCUUAAAUAAUUGUACAGUACUCAGCAGCUAUUUGUAAGCUUUGGUGAUCAGUUGUAAGCUUGUAGCUUGUUCAAUCGAUGACGCUUCUAUCUUUGGAAGGAUUUUCUUAUUUGCAUUUUGUCCAUUCUGAUUGAUAGGCGACAACGAAGCCGGUUUUCAUAAAGGGGUUCAAAUGCCAUCUGGACCGUUCCCCCUUAGUGAAGACUUGGCUACCCAACUUUGUGUUAUCAUUAAGUCUAGUAAGUCUGAAAUGGCAGACAUGAUCUUAUAGCUCGUUAGGCCAAGAAUAGAGAAAGAGAGAGAAUCAUUCUGAUUCAGAGAGACGUUUAUCAAUCAGCACGGCAUAUUCUAGAUACUUUUGACCUAGAUGCAACUUUCAUCGCGAUAAAACUUCCAGUCGUAAAGGCGGUUUCCUCUGAUUUCCUGAUAAAUUUCGGCAGAAAUUGAAAAGUCGUCCUGUGACUUUUUUUUUGUAUGCCAUUCUGUACAAUUAAGAACAUGCCACUAAAUUCUAAUAUCAUCAGGAUAUGACUAACUAUCUUCAAAUGCGCCCUCGAUUAUUUGGCCAUAGCUACUCCAAAUUGAUGAAUAACGUUGUAAUAGUUUGUCUAUACUGUAGGGGGAUAGAUGCUCACCAAUAUACCCAAUAAAUAAUAUAUUUUGUAAUGAUACAUCCAGCAAACCCGCAAAUCAUCAAACCCUGUCACUAGAGUUGAAACAUUUGCCCGGGAAGUCCUUUCCCUUGUACAUUUUAAGCCACAUACCUACAGUAAAUUUCAACAAAGAAAGAUAUGCCGAGCUAAAUUUUCCCCUGUUAAAAACGAACGAUUGAAGUCGAAAAAACAAAAUCCCACACCGUACUUUACUGACUAAUCCAUUUUCCCAUCGAUAUCACAUGAGCACUCUCGCAUCAGCCUUUUAUUUGCGUUAAAACCUCCAAUUGAAAUUCAUUACACCCGCCGAGGAGCCCGGGACGAUGAUGGCACGUGUUUAUCACAUCGUUUGCCGUUCAAGUGACAAAUAAGCUGAGAAGUGAUGUGGCAAACCUGCCCGAAAAUCUGGUCUGGUGUAGAUAAGCGAUUCAAGCCUCACCCUACUUGACUUCGUCUUCCGACCGGCGCGUCGGAUGCCAUGCCCACCAAUGUUGGGCAAAAGUGUGCAUCCGUCCUUCCGGCCUAGCUUCCGGUAUAUCCUUUCAAUUAAUUUCAAAUGAUGCUUCAUGAUGCUGAUGCCACACGCCAAUCCCCGACACGUGUCGUCACCUAACGUUAUCGGUACCAGUGAGAAGCUAAUAGGAUAAAGAUUAGUGAGUGUGUGUAUGUAUUGUUGGUUUAUUUUAUUGAUUAGCACAAAUCAUAAUUUAAUGUAGCUCAGAUAGUUUCAUCCCCAACUCCCAGCUCCUAGGGGCUAUGCAUUUAAACGCACAACCGCAAAUCGAUCGUCCUUGAAACCACGCCCACUAAAAGUAUUCACAACGGCGAGGCAGACAUGUUUGCUGCCUGUUCCUUACUGCGGCAAGCCGAAAAGAUUAAGUUGUACUGGUAUUGAAAUUCGAAAAAGGUACGAUUUAGUAACAAAAAGUAUGAAGAAAAGUGUGCAAAAACGGCUCGGUACGAUAAGCACCGUAACCGGUGAACGGUCGAAGGAUAAGGGCAUUUAAUCCGUUUUCAUUUUUUUGCAAAUUCCGCUGCUCGUCCUUUAUCGGUUGUUUGUCCAUUCUAAUCAGAUUUCCCGAUGGGAUGAAAAUAAAUUGCGCAAGAUUGUAUUUGGUAAUCGAUGUUUGGGGCAUUUGCAUGAUUCGCGUGACAAGUUUGUGAACGGUGGUGAUUAGUACAUCAGCAACAUUGGGAAACAUGGAUUGCCAACAGAUCUUACUUAUUACCGAUAUGUGCAGUGCCGUAGAAUAACAAAAAUUGCUUCAAAAAAGCUGUGUGUGUGGCUGAUACUCCAGCAUCUUUCCAUGUGUGUAAACAACGCCAAGAGUAUUACUGUUUUGUGAUCAUCAUAUUUCAUUCGGAUUGCACAUUACCGGGCAGAAAAAGCUUCAAGCAACCAAUUUUGUACAGCAUCCGCACGCUGUAUGAAGGUGUAAAACAAAUUUUCAUCUGUAAGAUGCUCUUCAAACCUGUCCAGUGACUCUUCGUUGCUUAUAUAUUGCAUCGGGAUGGUUUGAGCAUUGCGUCGCACGCCUUUCAUCGGGUGUAUUGUGGCCACUACCGCAGCCGUUUGGGCAGUUCGGGCAUCCAGUUUUAAUAAUGAACAUUGUGAACAAAAAUCGUGCCCAGGACAAGUUAUUUUUGCUUGAAUUAACUCUGUGUUCUUAUUUACAUGAAUAGAUACGGUGGACGGAUGAAUGCUGCUUGCUGACGACUGCUCUUCGUGAAAUGUUGAUCCCGGUGAUGAAACACACGGUUCCGGUGUCAUGCUUGGUGACGGCUGAAGGGAUCCUUGAUGCACGACAGUCGUUUUUGCCGGUCGCGCAACGUCAUGCGCGCAUGAACCAGCAGCUGAAGCAACAGACGAUUUCGGCGUCGCACUUGUAGUCGGCUGCGAUCCUUGCAUUUGUUCGUCAAACGAUCCUAACGAUCACGGAAUGCCAUCCACGGAUCCAGCAGCGGGAAUGACCGAUGGUAGCGGCGUCGCACUUGUGGUCAGCUGCGAUCCAUGCGAACGCUUUAACGACAAUGUCGCUAGUGGAACAACACGCACGGAACUAGCAGGCACAAGAAUCAUCCCACGUAUCGCUUUCGUUGAGGGCUGCGAUCCUCGCUUUUGUUCCAUCGAUCCUGCCGGACGCGUAGCGAUAUCCAUGGAACCAGCAUCGGGGGCAAGAGACGGUUCCGGCGUCGGUCUUGAUGACGUUCGCGGUCCAAAAACACGGACGAUCGCCCCUGUGGAGCAUAAUACAGCCGAAGGCAGUGGUUGCAGUGCAAAAAGGCGCCCUUUCUUUGGUGGUUCCGACAUUAUAUUUUGGCUGAAAUAAUCAAUCGUUUUAUUAUUUUUUAUGUGAAACUGCUGAGUUGAAUUUGAAUGCUGCUUUGUGUUUUCAGCUGUGACUUACAAUAAAGGGUAACAAUCACA